AUGGAGGAUUUAAACUAUGUCAAUGGAUCCUAUUUUCCUAGUUGGCGAAUCUACCGAGGACAGAAUCCAUCGUCGAUGAAUCUUGCCAAGACAACCCAUGUCUUCUACGCGUUUUUGAGAGUCCGAAGUGAUGGUAGCAUCUACCACCUUGAUGAGAAAGCGGACCUGCAGUAUCCAACAAAUGAGACAACCGGUUGUCUGCACGCAUUUCGUGCGCUUAGAGAUCAGCAGUUCCCUCACCUGAAAUUAAUCGUCUCCAUUGGAGGAUCUAGUGGAAGUCAGCCAUUCAAGGCCUUGGCGAGCGAGAGACAAUCUCGUCGACGACUAGCCCAAAACAUGCGGCAGUUUGUCGAUCAAUACAAGCUAAAUGGCGUGGAUGUGGAUUGGGAACACCCCUCAGACCCUGCAGAUGGGCGCAACUAUGUCCUGUUAUUGGAAGAGCUACGCAGGAGCCUCCCAGCUCCACAAUAUCUGCUCACAACUGCUCUCCCCGUCGGGGAAUGGUGCCUGAAGCAUAUAGAUGUGGCAAAAGCAGCCGAACACGUGGAUUUUGUAAAUCUGAUGUGUUAUGAUUUUGCGGGCCCAUGGACUGGGCUGUCUGGUCACCAGUCCCAACUGUAUGCGCCGACACGCCCCUUCAAUGACUUUGCCAAGCGAUCUGGCCACGACGCGGUAAAAUAUUUCCUAGCGAGAGGCGUCAAGAGUAGGAAACUAGUUUUCGGUGUGCCCGUCUAUGCACGCUCGUUUUUGGGGGUCGAUGGCGUGGGUCAGCGGUUUACAGGUCAUUCUGGAGAAGGGGGCACUUUCGAGUAUCGAGACUUGCCAUUGUCUGAAGCGAAAGAAUUUUCGGAUCCGAAGUUGGGUGCGGCGGGCUCCGUUGGUGGUGAAGGGGGUUUUCUCAGUUACGAUCUUCCAAGCACCGUGCAGAUGAAGGCCGAAUAUGUCCGGGCCAACAACCUUGGGGGCCUUUUCUACUGGACAGGCGUUGCUGAUGAUGCCGGGCCCAGGAGUCUGGUAAGUGCGGGUUAUGAUGUGCUCAGCCGUGUGUGA